AUGCCCGUUGCAGCACACGUCGGACCAUCCCGGGCAGCGCUACAACGGCUCGCCGCCUUCCCCUCCGCCCGCCGCAUCGCCGGCCAGCGUCGCGUGGGCACAAUUCCUCCGGCCACCUUCUCGACCUCGAACUCCUCUCGCGUUCGCACACCACCACUACGACAGCUGCCGCAUCCUCGCAAGUCGCUACCACGACGGUCCACCACCCUCGUCCCUUCCCCACAUCGACCGCUGUCCACAUCCUCGCGCUCUCGCAGCGCAGCCACUUCGACCGCCAAGGCGCCCCGCGAUGACCCCACCACACGCUACCAGGCGCUCGUCGACAGCGGAGUGCUGCGCGACGACGCACACCAGCGCAGCAUCGUAGAGGUCCUCCAGGGCCUCCACGACGAGUUGAGAACUUACAAGCAGGGCCCCGUCCCGGAUCCCGACGAAGCCAUCAAGCCGAAAUCAAGAGGGCUGCUCUCCUGGCUCCCCUUUGUAGGCGGAAGCGGCCACGGUAGCGGCGAUGACCAUCACCCCAUCGCUGUGCCCGAAGGCGUCCCAAAGGGCCUCUACCUCUACGGCGACGUCGGCACCGGCAAGAGCAUGCUCAUGGACCUCUUUUACGACACCCUGCCGCCCAACGUCACGGGCAAGCGCAGGAUCCACUUCCACCAGUUCAUGAUCGAGGCCCACAAGCGCGCCCACUACUAUAAGUCCAAGACGCACCGCCCAUCGGGCAUCGUCAUGAUGAUGUCGAACCCGACGGCGCUGCCCUCGUCAUCCAAGGCGUCGUCGUCGUCGUCGUCGUCGUCGGCCGCGCCCGCGGGCGAGGAGUCGGACGCCAUCGAGGCCGUUGCGCGCGAAAUGUCGCGCCACUACAGCGUCCUCUGCUUUGACGAGUUCCAGGUGACGGACAUUGCCGACGCCAUGAUCCUCCGCGGCCUCCUCGAGCGCAUCGCGGCGUACGGCACCGUGUGCGUCAUGACGUCCAACCGGCACCCGGACGACCUCUACAAAAACGGCAUCCAGCGCUCCUCGUUCCUGCCGGCGAUUGAGCUGCUCAAGCGCCAGUACCGCGUGACGGACCUCAACUCGGGCACCGACUACCGCAAGCAACCCCGCGCCCUGUCCAAAGUCUACUUUUCGCCGCUCGACGUGGCCAACCGGCGCGAGUUUGACAAAAUCUUUGACGCCCUCACCUCGGACCCGGACGAUCCCGUGCAGGCGAGCCGGCCGCUGACCAUCUGGGGGCGCACGCUCAAGGUGCCCCUGUCGACGUCCAAGGUGGCGCGCUUCACGUUCGACGAGCUGUGCGGCACGCCCAAGUCGGCGGCCGACUACAUUGAGCUGUGCAGCCGCUUCAACACCGUCUUUGUCGACGCCGUCCCGCGCAUGGGCCUGCACCAGCGCGACCUGGCGCGCCGCUUCAUCACGUUUAUCGACGCCGCCUACGAGAGCAAGACCAAGCUCCUCGCCAGCAGCGAAGUGCCCAUCCUGCAGAUCUUCAGCGGCGACAAGGGGCAGGACAAGCCCACGGCGGAUCAGAUGCGCGCGCUCAUGGACGACCUGGGCCUAACCAUGGACGAUCUGGGCGGUUCGCCCAUCUUUACGGGCGAUGAGGAGCUCUUCGCCUUUGCCCGUGUCAUCUCGCGCUUGACCGAGAUGGGCACCAAGCAGUACGCCGAAUCCUCCCGACCCGCCUACGAGUAG